UUCACGCCCCAGUGAUGGAGCCCCAUUCUUUGGCGUCACAGGACAGAUGAUCAGGGUACGUCCGCCUUUUCCUUCCCCCAUCUAUCCACCUCCCCUUGUCCCUCCAUCUUCUCCCUCCUUCCUCUCUCCCUCCCACUGGCGUCUCCAGCUGACUUUCGCUUCCUAUCAGCGGCCUUCGGCGGAAGAGUGUCCCACCUCUUCCGCUCCACGGCGGCGGCGACUGAGGUGGUGGCGCUGGCGGCGGCGACGGCGGCGGCGCUCGAGCGGCUCCUGUCAGGGUCAGCAGGCGGACCCCUUUGGUGGUCCACCUGCGCGUCGCGGAGCGGCGCCCCGGGGACCGAUGGCGAUGAACUAUAACGCGAAGGAUGAAGUGGACGGUGGGCCCCCUUGUGCUCCGGGGGGCACCGCGAAGACCCGGAGACCGGAUAACACGGCCUUCAAACAGCAACGGCUGCCUGCUUGGCAGCCCAUCCUCACGGCUGGCACGGUGCUACCUAUUUUCUUCAUCAUCGGCCUCAUCUUCAUCCCCAUUGGCAUUGGAAUCUUCGUCACCUCCAACAAUAUCCGCGAGAUCGAGAUUGAUUAUACCGGAACAGAGCCUUCCAGUCCCUGCAAUAAAUGUUUAUCUCCGGAUGUGACACCUUGCAUUUGUACCAUCAACUUCACACUGGAAAAGUCAUUUGAGGGCAAUGUGUUUAUGUAUUAUGGACUGUCUAAUUUCUAUCAAAACCAUCGUCGUUAUGUGAAAUCACGAGAUGAUAGUCAAUUGAAUGGAGAUUCUAGUGCUUUGCUUAAUCCCAGUAAGGAAUGUGAGCCUUAUCGAAGAAAUGAAGACAAACCAAUUGCUCCUUGUGGAGCUAUUGCCAACAGCAUGUUUAAUGAUACAUUAGAAUUGUUUCUCAUUGGCAAUGAUUCUUACCCUAUGCCAAUCGCUUUGAAAAAGAAAGGUAUUGCUUGGUGGACAGAUAAAAAUGUGAAAUUCAGAAAUCCCCCUGGAGGAGACAACAACCUAGAAGAACGAUUUAAAGGUACAACAAAGCCUGUGAACUGGCUUAAACCAGUUUACAUGCUAGAUUCGGACCAAGAUAAUAAUGGAUUCAUAAAUGAGGAUUUUAUUGUUUGGAUGCGUACUGCAGCAUUACCUACUUUUCGCAAGUUAUAUCGUCUUAUAGAACGGAAAAGUGAUUUACACCCAACAUUACCAGCUGGCCGAUACUAUUUGAAUAUCACAUACAAUUACCCUGUACAUUAUUUUGAUGGACGCAAACGGAUGAUCUUGAGCACUAUUUCAUGGAUGGGAGGAAAAAAUCCAUUUUUGGGGAUUGCUUACAUCGCUGUUGGAUCCAUCUCCUUCCUUCUGGGAGUUGUACUGCUAGUAAUUAAUCAUAAAUAUAGAAACAGUAGUAAUACAGCUGACAUUACCAUUUAGUUUUAUAUCAUGAAAGUAAAUUAUCUGCAUGUGCAUCAAGGCCAAUUCUAUUCAACCUAUCUUUUGAAUGCUGAUGUCUGGUUAUUAUGUCAUUUUGAAGUUGGCACAUAACUUUAAAAAACAAACAAACAGUCUUUGUCCUUUGCUUCUUCCCUAUGGAUGACUUCUGAAAAUAUAUGACGGGUAUAAAAAAAAUUAGCUAUAUUGAUCAUAGCAACACUGUAACUGCUGAAAUGGCAUUCUAAUGUUUGCUUUUUAUUGGGACAAGUCACAUGAUGCAUAGAGCCUCUUUCAUGUGGCUUGUGUCUACUGCUUAAAUGUUUAUGCUGUGUUGGUGAUAUUAUAUUGACAUAUGAUGAUGUAUAUGUGUAUGUAUUUUGUGGAGAAAGGGAUUACAUGAGUAUAAUGAUUUGCUAAUCUUUCAGGAUUCAGAGAAAGAUGAAGAAAGACUGUAUCUAAAUAAAACACUUCAUCAUUUUCAUGUGUGUAAAUGCUUAAAGUACCAACUUUGUUGAGAUGGUUCAUGUAUCCAAUUUAUUCAGUACAUACAGUUCUUUGUCAAGCUUAGCUUUGAUUUCAAAGGACAUGCUUACUUUGUCUAGCGUAGGAAUUAAUGCUCAUAUCUUCAGUGGUUGGGUAGGUCCUGCAUAGGAGAAUUUAAAAAUUCUUCUUUAGUUUGGUUAAAUGUUGCAGUUAGGAACCCCAACUGACUUGGAAUGUUUUUAUAUGUAACUAUUUCCCUUGAAGCUUAUACUUUUUAAGGGAAGAAAGAGUACAGCUGAGUUGGGAAAACUGCUUGGCAGACCUUCAUCUUCUGCCUCAAUUGUAAACCACAUGUAAAUGCUUAAUGGAGACUGUUUGCAUUCUUGUGGUAUUUAACAUUCAGAAAAUUACUUCAGCUUUGGAAAUACCUCAGGCUGUUUUUUUAUUUUGCAGGUAAGUGUUUUAACUUAAGUACUAAUAUUCCAGAAAUUUUUGAAAGCAGAAACCUUAAUUUCGUGUGUAAUUCAUUCCACUUUUGCACAUAGGUCAAAUAGCAAUGUGUACGCACAUUCUCUUUAGUUAAGGCACCAAUUGUUUUGGUUGGUUUUCCUAAGAUAUACUUUAAAAAGAUGUUCUAUAAAUUUCCUAAUUAAAUUAUGGGGAUUUUGGAGUAUGUACAUGAUAAAUUAUAAUAUAUAUAUGUGGUUGAAGUUAUUUUACUUUUUACUAACUGGAAUUAUUUUAAUAUUCCUUAUUGAAUAAAUGCUGUAACUUUUUGUUAUGGAACUUAAAGUUCCAGUUAAAAACAAUUUUUCCACAUGCAUGAAAAUGUAUUAAUCAGAGGUGGCUUAAUUACCUUGAAAUUGCUUUUUUUUUUUUUUUACUGAAAUAACUCAUGUUUGUGUAGAAGAAUGCCUGUUUAUUCAGAGUUUAUAUUUUCCUUCAGUUAUAUUUUAAAUCAAAAGAUCUGGGUAAUGUAUACUUUAGAUUAAUAUAUGCUUUUUAAAAAAACAAAAAACCAUGUUAGGGUUAAUAGUGGAAAUGUGCCACACUUGUCAAGUUUUAUAUAACAUAUGAAAUUCAGUUAAAAGAAUGUGUAUUUGAUAAUGACUUUUAACUGGUAAAAAUAUUACUUGCACAAAGUACUUGAUGUAUGGUUAUCCUGAAAUUUCGGAGUAUAUGGUGUGCUCUUUGUCUAAAAAUAGUCUUUGUUUUGUCAGUCCUUUGGAAUGUUAUUUAUUCUGAAAAUUGUCCCUCUUGCACUUGGCAGUUUAUUUUCUGGGAUACAUUGUUGGGGGAGAUGAGUUUCUGCCAAUCUUUCCAGAUUGAGUCUGUGCUGUUUAAGGAGGACUACCAUCCUGCAGUUCUUUUCUAAUUGAGGGACAGAGGAUGUCGCAAAAGAAAGGUUGAAAAGCCCUUUCAGCACUUUCUCAUCUAUGGAGAAGAUGGAAUCUUAAAAUACAUUUUGAGUUUUAUCUGUUUUACGAAUACAUUGAUAGCCUAAGUUCCUCCUGUUUUCUGCUGUAUGGUCUCUGUGAAACAUGGAGGGAGGGAUGACAUUUCUUUUUCAUAUAGGCUUUAUGGUUAAAUGUCAUAGUCAGCUUUCAAAGAAUCAUGUGUUUUAAAUGUACCCUGCUUAAGUAGAAGACAUUGAAGGAUGCAUUAAUUUUCAGGAACUAUUUUGAAUUGUGAAAAGAUUCCCAUUUGAAGAAAUUAUUCAUUAAGUAAAAGCUAAGAAAUUUCAUUGAAAUCAUAAGGCAUUUUAAGGAUAAAUUGAUAAAAAUAGCGGUGUACUAAUUAAUAGAAAAUUGAAAAUCAAGAGAAGAGUCAAGUGCAUAUCAUUUGUUUAUUGGCUAGUGAGUUUCUUUGUAACUUUGUUUUAUUAAAUGAUAACAUUCUGUUAGUGUGUCCUAUGUUAAUAAAAAUGAAUAAAAUUAAUUUUGCUACGUUCAGGUGUCUUGAUAAAGUAACAGUGCCCCAGUGUUGUUGCUUAUGUUUAACACUGAAUUUUAACACAGGGUCAGUAAGUCCAGGUUUUAACUUCUUCAUGCCUGGAUGGGAGAAAAUGUAAUUCAUUGCUAAAUCAAUUCAUAUUUGUAUUAAUUACUGUGAUAAUAUUAACCAUCUGUUCUUACCAGGAAUUGGUCAGAUUGUCAUCUGAGCUAUAGUUACACUGGCUAAGUUUGGUAUUAGAUCAAGGGGAAUGUCCAGUAAACAGAGAGGUAAGGAUGAUGAAAAUAAUGAAGUGGGGUACACAGGAAAAACCCGACAAGUAAGGAGGAGCAGCUGAGAGACAGGGUCAGCGAAUGUGGUUCAGCCUGCUACCUCUUGUCUUCAUAGAAACAUUGCCUUAGAAUUAUUGUAUGACACUUUUUUUGUUGGUUAAGCUGUAAAGUUUUGUUCUUUGUGAACCUGGGUAUUUUGAGGGGAGGGUGGAGGGAGUAAGGAAGUGAUCCUUUUACAAGAAUUUUGAUGCGUAAAUGUCUGUUGUAGAGUUUGGAUGAUCUAGUAAAGUGUUUUAGAACCCCUUUUUAUCCCAUGCACCAUUCAGUAAACAUAAAAGUCACAAUUCUGCUAAUGUCAUUUGGAACUUCACAAUAAAUACCUUGUCUAAAAACAAA